AUGUCGAACAAGCAGGGCAAAAUGGCCGGUUAUAUCAACUACCGGAUGAGGGUUACGUUGAUGGACGGCCGCCAGAUGACGGGUCAGAUGCUUGCUUUUGAUAAGCAUAUGAACCUUGUCCUCGCCGAUACUGAGGAGUUCCGACGCGUAAAACGAAAGCAAACAAAGCCUGCAGCUCCUGGCGCACCUGGCUCAGCGGCGACCCUGACGAUUGAGACAGAAGAGAAGCGUACUUUGGGUUUGACGAUUUUACGGGGUGCCCACAUUGUUUCUCUGUCCGUCGAAUCUGCGCCUCCGGCCGAUCCUAGCACGCGACUUGGAAAGAGUACUCCUGGUGGUUUGCCUACUGGCUUAACUUCUGGUCCCGGUGUUGCGCGUCCUGCCGGUCGUGGUGCAGCUCCAUCGUCUCUUGCUGGUCCGGCUGCUGGUGUUGGUGGCAGCGCCCCCCCUCCUUUCCCUCAGUUUGGUGGAGCCCCUGGAUUUGGACCUGGACGAGGUGGUCCUCCCGCACCUGGAUUUCCUCCGGGUGGAUUCCCACCGCCAGGCUUCCCUCAGAACACUCAGUUCCCGCCUCCCGGAUUUAAUCCUGCAGGUGGCCCUCCUCCGGGAUUUAAUCCCCCACCAAGAAGAUAA